AUGGAGACGGUGCAAUUAAAGUUGUGUUUCCUGGAGUUUGAGUGGGGCUGGACUCUUGUGAGCGGCGGCCAUUUUGCCGUAGUACUGUACAUUCUCUCUUCUUUCUCACAGCAGCAGACGCGACGGAUCAGGCCUGUCCCUGUAUUAUAUGUAGUGAGGAAGACAUCCGGCGAGUCUGAGACACCCAGUAACCAUCCCCAUGUGUCACGAGGACUGAGAAGGACCCAGACCCUCAUCACUGUGCCUCCACCUCACUCACUGAUACAUGAGAGACAUAAUGACCAGAAGAUCCUGGAACUCAACAACAAGAUCAUUCAGCUGCUGACUGGAGAGGAGGGGGAGUAUAUAGAGGAACACAGGGGUCUGUACAAGGACGUGAUGAUGGCGAAACACCGGCCCCUCACAUCACUGGAUCAAUCUGAAGAUGUUCACGAGGAACCAGUCUCAUGUGAUGGAGGAACCCUCACAGACACCAACAUCUAUACACCCACAGAUCAUACACAGUCUACACCUACUCGUAUUAAGGGGGAAUCAAGCUCCUGUGAUGGAGGAACCCUCACAGACCCCAAAAUGUAUACACCCACAAAUCAUACACAACGUAAAUCUACUCCUAUGAAGGAGGAACCAGCUUCAAGUGAUGGAGGAACCUUCACAGUCACCAACAUUUCUACACCUACAGAUCUUACACAGGAUACAUCUACUCAUUGUAAGGAGGAACCAGUCUCAUGUGAUGGAGGAACCCUCACAGACAGUGACAUGUAUACACCCACAGAUCAUAUAGAAUAUACAUCUUUUAAUAUUAAAGAGGAAUCAGUCUCUAGUGAUGGUGAAAACCUCACAGACAAUGACAGUUAUACAGGUACAGAUCAUACCCAGUGUACAUCUCAUAUUAAAGAGGAACCAGUCUCAUGGGAUGGAGGAAGCCGCACAGACAGUGACAUUUAUACAUCCACAGAAAAUAUAUCGUAUACGUCUAUUCAUAUUAAGGAGGAUCUAGUCUCCUGUGAUGAAGAAAAUCUCACAGACACUACAGAACAUAUAGAAUAUACCUCUAUUUAUAUUAAGGAGGAACCAGUCUCAUGUGAUGAAGGAACCCUCACAGAUACCAACAUCUGUACACCCACAGAUCAUACACAGUGUACAUCUACUCAUAUUGAAGAGGAAUCAAGAUCAUCAUUGAAUGCUGAUAAAUGUUUGUACAACAGAUUAAGCAAUGUAAAACAGCGCAAUCACAUUGCAAACAAGUCUUGGCCUUGCUCAGAAUGCGGCAAAUGUUUUAUUAGAAAAUCACUGCUACUGAAUCAUCAGAAAACUCACAUAGUGGACAAGCCGUUCUCUUGCUCUGAAUGUGGGAAAGGGUUUAGAAGUAACUCUCAUCUUGUUGUACAUCUGAGAAGUCACACAGGAGAGAAACCGUACUCCUGCUCCGAGUGUGGGAAAGGGUUUAAACAUAACUCAGGACGAGUUAGACAUGAGAGACGGCACACAGGAGAGAAACCGUAUUCUUGUUCUGAAUGUGGGAAAUGUUUUAUCCAUAAGUCAAGUCUAACAGUACACCAGAGAAGUCACACGGGAGAGAGACCGUACAUCUGCUCUGAGUGUGGGAAACGUUUCAACAGUAACACAAAGCUUAAUAAACACCAGCGAAUUCACACAGGAGAGAAGCCGUAUUCCUGCUCGGAGUGUGGGAAAAGUUUUACAUGUAAUUCACAACUUAUUGUACAUAGGAGAGGUCAUACAGGAGUAUACCCUUAUUCAUGCUCCGAGUGCGGGAAAGGGUGUAGAAGUAAUUCUGAACUUGUUGUACACCGGAGGCGUCAUACGGGAGAAAGACCGUUUUCCUGUCCUGAGUGUGGGAAAUGUUUCAUCAGUAACACAAAGCUUCAUACACAUCAGAGGAUUCAUAUGAGAGAGAGGCCGUAUGCGUGCUCUGAGUGUGGGGAACACUUUACACACAGCUCGGAACUUGUUAGACAUCAGAUGAGUCACGUAGGACAACGGCUGUAUUCCUGCUCGGAGUGUGGGGAAGGGUGUAGUAGUCAAUCGGAGCUCGUUACACAUCAGAGAACCCACGCCGAAGAACGGCCGUAUGCCUGCGACGAGUGCGGAGAAUGUUUUUCUUCUCAAUUAGAACUUGUUACCCAUCAGAGAAUACACACAGGAGAGAAGCAGUAUUCCUGCUCGGAGUGCGGGAAAUGUUUUACCUGUAACUCACAACUUGUUGUACAUAAGAUAAGUCACACAGGAGUAUACCCAUAUUCCUGCUCGGCGUGUGGGAAAGGGUGCAGGACCAAAUCGGAACUGGUCAUACACGAGAGAAUUCACACCGGAGAGAGACCGUAUUCCUGCUCGGUGUGUGGGAAAGGGUGUAGAAGUAACGCAGAACUUGUAAGACAUCAGAAAAGUCACAUGGGGGUGAAGCCGUAUUCUUGCUCUGAUUGUGGGAAGUGUUUUGUGACCAAGAGUGGUUUAUUUAAACAUAUAAAAUCCCACAGCUAAAAUGUUUGUAUAGUUACUAUGGAACUUGAAGUUGCUUAAAAUGAUAGGCUGCUCAAACAUUUACAAACGUUAUGUAGAAGUCUAUAUGGAUCCAGAAAGAUUGAGGAGUCCCCAGUGGUAUACUGACGAAAUAACAUUGGAUUUCCAGGAAAAAUCUUCACCCAUGGAUAUUGUAAUAAGUGUAUAUAAGCACCAUAGAUUCUCACAUUGUGCGUCCUUUACUAUAUUAUUCCAUUAAAUUUCUUUAAUUGCAUUUUCAUGUAAAUCCUAAUAAAAGUAUACUAAUAAUAAAUGUGUAUUUGUAACCUAA